AAUGUUGUUCCCACCUGAGAUCCCUCUUUCGCUGCAACGACAACGCCCGCAGUUAACAAAAUAGGUAUAUGUAUUAAUUUUGAAAGCACACCUGGAUGUCCCGUUGCGAAAACAACUUUGACCUACGUCAUUGUUAUACAAAUGAAUUCAGCUGAUCUGGGGGUCGAUUUAGUGGAAGUCGCUCAUUCUUGGAAGAGAUUCGUUUCGCCGAAAAGAACUACAUCGUGGAGUUCUUUUAUCCAACGUUUCAAUCCACGUUAUGUCCAGUUAAGGUAAAUAACUGAAAACACAAAAUACUUGGAAAUACGAGGCGGUAGCAGCAAUGGCAAACAUAAGUGACAUAACUCUAGACACCAUCGAGUCUUUGAAUGACUCCGUGGAGGCCUUUGAUAUUUGCGAGCGUUUUAAGAUAUACUCUGACGACAUUGAAGAUCUACAGGAUCUAAAAGAAAGGCUUCGCUUACAUGUCGAGGCAGAACACUCUCAAGUUCCCAGACUGGAAAAGGCUGCUGAUGUUUUCGCUGAACUACGAGAGAAUGAUACGCAAAGAAGAAAUGCACUUCAGUCGAUCUUUAAAACCAUUGAGGAGUCCCUACCAUUACUUGACUUGAGCAUCUUGAAGAGGCUGGAAGCUGAGAAUGUUGUAUCUGAGAGCGCAGACACAAACGUGCGUAAAAGGAUCACCAUGCUCGAAACUGGUAACUGCCCAAUACUUGUAGCAGGCGAAACUUCUUCGGGGAAGAGCACGCUUUUGAACCUUCUCCUUGGCAAAAAGAUCCUACCGGAAGCCCAUUUAAGCUGCACAGCAGCGAUCACAAGAAUAAAGUAUGGAGAAGAACCUAGAGUAUUCAAAGUGACACACCAACCUGACGGCAGCAAGAAGUCGUCGGAAGUCCCCAUAAAGAAGCCUGAUGAUUUGUGCUCGGCUUUGGAGCCUGUUCUAUUCCCUAAGGGUGCAGCGAGGGAGGAUGAACAGGAAAAGUGCACCGUUGAUGUUUAUUUGCCAUUUGAACUGUUAAAGAGUGGUGUGUAUAUCAUCGACAGCCCUGGUAUUGGUGAGAGUGGUGUCAUGGAUGACGUGGUUCUUGACUUUAUUGCCAACAAUGACGUCUUUGCCUUCAUUUAUGUCAUUAUGACUGAUAAGUCAGGCGGAGUACAAGAAGAUAGGCUCCAAAAAUUGCUGCGGCAACUUCAAGAUAUGAAGGAUACUGCUGGAGAGCCAAUAUUUGACCCUGGCUGUGCUAUUUUUGUCUGCAACCGCUGGGAUCUUGUGCCAGGGUACGCAAGGGAAAAGGCUUUAGAGAAUGUGCGUUUGGCAGUGAGUGAGGGCUGGAACCGGCCAAUGGAUUCAUCAAAGCAGAUAUUUACCCUUUCUGCUAAAAUGGCGUGGCAGCACAGUCAGGCUGGGUACAUGACUCACGACUACAGGCGACUGGUCAGAGGCAUCAAGGGCCUGAUUCCAGUGAGUUUGCAAAGAAGGACGGAGCAUGUGCACCGCUGGGGCAAACAUAUGGUAGAGCGCACUAUAGAUUGUGCUGAGCAGUAUCUUCAUUCUGCCAAUUUGACUAGGGAUGAACUUGAAGCUCAGCACAACUCACAGAAGAAACGGCUGGACAGACUUGAGAAAAAGUCGGAAGAAAUUUUGAAAAAACUAGACGAACAUCUUUAUAAAGAAUGUGAAACCAUUACUGAUUCUUUAUCUAAAUAUCUUGGCAGCGAUCCUGUCUGUGAUCGAGUUACCUCUUGGACCAAUGCCGAAGCUCCUUAUGGGAUUAGUUGGAACUAUUUAGAAGGAAGAAUAGAAGAUGCCAUCUGUAAAAGAAUCAUUGAUGCCAUCAGGUCUUGGGAAACAGAAGAAAAGCAUUUUGAAACUCUGAAGAAAGACUUGUUCAAAAAAUUCACGAGAGAAUUCCAGUUAAUUGAAUCUGAGCUGCGCAUGAUUGAAAACAUGCUGGAACGGUCCUCGGAAACAGAUUCCAGUGAAAGUAGAGAUUUGGCGGCCUACAUGGAAUUACAAGACCUAAUGGACAAUGAGGUGAACAAAAUGUCAAUUGUAGACUUUAACCUAGGUGAAAAAAUUGCACUCGGCUUAUUUUCACCAAUCAUUUUACCCAUUGGUGCGUUGGGUAUGCUUCUUGCGUCACCGGCAUUUCUUUUUGUUGACGUAAAAAAACAUGUAAGGAAGAGGAAAGAAAAACAAAUCUUAAAACAAUAUGACCAGAAGAAAUGUGAAUUUCUUCGAGACAGAUCAUCCGAGGCUUUGAAAAUAAUGGCUAAGCGUGAUGUUACAAAGGCCUAUGUCGAUGCUCAACUCCAAGAAGCCAGGGAUCAUCUACAGAUGAUGCGCGAGUCCAUUCCACAGCUUAUAUCAUCAACAAGAAAGUACAUGCAGUCCAUUAAAGAAGACCAACGGUCUAAGGAGCAGCUCAUCGACACCUAUGACCCUGUUGUCAAGAAGUUUACCAGAGUUAACCGUGCGCUGGAAGAUUUUGCUAUUACACAUCUUUUCUCGUACGAUUAUAACGAGACAGAUGUGGAAGCAGACAUCAGACUUGUUAAAGGGCCAACGUCAUAUAAAGGAAACUGGACUGAAGUUUUCUCUGCCAUCUUAAAAUCUCCAAAGGGUCCGUCCCUCAAAAUAUCUGUAAAACGAUAUAAAGGGGCUACAUGUGAAAAGCAAGUACGUGAGGAUAUCAUUGAAAUGAGAAAAAUGAAGCAACAAAAGAGGAGAUUCAUUCCCACCAUACUGGGUACUUAUUUGGAUCCAACAAGUGAAUUGCCAUCUCUUAUCUUGACCCCGCGUUUGACCAGUUUGAGGGUCCUCAGCAGUGGCAAGGGCAGUCGUAAAGUCCUACCGGGUCAGCUGGUCCAUUGUUUACUCAAAGAACCGAUAGAUUGUCUUAUCCAACUGGCGAACGCCUUGGCCUACCUGCACAAGAAUGGCUUCGUCUGUCUGGAUUUGUCUAUGGAUACAGUUAUGAUUACCGCUGGGAGGGAUAAAACCGUGAAGUUAGUGAACAUCAGCAAACCUGUCACGAUGCCACCCCCAGAUCCCAACUCCACCAUAGGGUCUAUGGUUUAUCUCCCCUACAGCGUCCUCGAUGGCACCAAACCUUACGAUGCUGAUGCCAACAUCUACGCCCUUGGGCUCAUGAUGUGGGAGGUAUGGCAUAUUGAACAUGCUUACAAAAUUCACAGAGAUCUUGUAGUAAGCGUCUUUUGUGCUGGAAUAAGGCAGGGCAACUUCCCUCUGAAGUUUGAAAGUGGUAAAAUGGAUCCGACCUUGGAGGCAUGUUGGGAGAAGACCAUGAGGGCUUGUCUCUCCUGGGAAAUAGCCAUAAAAGACUGCAAAGAUCGGAUGCAUGGAAUACAGGAUUUACUGAACCGAAAAGAAAGUACUGUGUGAUGGUGUUAAUUGUUAUCAAACAUGUUAACAAAUGCCUUUUCUGGAACGGCAGAACAAGUAACCAUAUUUUUAUUAAAUGGGCACGUAUUUAAUAUAGAGUACUUUGAUCUUUAAAUAUGAUAUUUAUUAAAGAGAGUAUGCAAUGUAGCUGUUGAUUUAAUUUCCUAGAUUUUGUCCAUUGACUUGUACACUAGUAUUUUUCACAUAAUAACGUUCGUAUUUUCAGUAAUAUUCUUUGGAAACACAUAUAUAAUGUUUUUAUCUAGAAAAACUCUAACUGCUAGAAACCUACGCUAGCUUGUGUACAGUGAAGGCAUUUGGUUUCGUAUGGAGAUAGACACGCAACUUUAAGACUUAGUGCAUUGUAUAUGAUUAGCAUACAUCCUACCCUUAUAUAAAUCGCAAUAUUCAGCAAUGAUGUAAUGUUUUGUUUGUUUAUGGGAAAUGCUUUUUAAAAAUUUCAUUAACUCAAGAAAAUAUUCACUGCAAAUAUUUAAAGAAGGAACCUAGCAAUUCGAAACUAUUGGUGUUUUUCAAAAACGAUUCUAGCACUUUCAUCGUAAUGAAAAUCAAUUACUAUUGUUUUGUUGUUUUAGUGAAAUGGAUUUUACAGUCAACGACUAUGAUCCGAGUCUUAUUUCAAUGAGCCAGAGUGUGUGGAUAAAAGAAUCAAAUAGUGCAACGAACGAGAAGUAAAAAAUAGUAACAUAAAGAUUAAAAUCAUUAUUUUAUGUUGGGAUGAAGAGAAUUAAAAUAGUUUGAUUGAGCGCUUAUUAUUCGCUUUUAAUGAAUACUUAUGGAGAAAAUAAUAAUAAAAUAUAUUAUGUAAAAACGUAAAACAUACUACCAUUACCAAAGAAGUGAAAGUAGACUGAAGAGAAGACUAGAAUGUAAAGUUUUGGGAAACCAGAGAAAAUUUUUGAUGCAUCGAUGUAUGGGAAUGUGACAUGAUAAGAGUUAUUGUAAUAGUAAAUUAAGGCUGCAGGAAUAAACA